AGAGCAUGCGCAGUGCGUUCGGCAGCUCUUAAGUCACGUGGUGUGCAGGAUUUUGGCUGAUCAGAUAGAGCUAUUUAUGGCGCGUGGGGCAUUGUGGGAAAAGUGUCCGCCAUUCUCGUUCUGCGGAAAAUUGAAACGCAAAUCGUCAAGAUUUCUGCAGAUUAAACUUUGAUUUCAGAUCCUAACGUAAUCUUACCGCCUGCAUUUACUUCCUCACCCAUUUUUAAUAUUGUAGCCUUUGAGGAGAGUACAGAAAUAUAAAAUCGCUGGACUUCAAGCAAGCUGGGUGAAAAAAGCAAUUAGUUUUUGGUUGCAGAGUUUUGGGAGUUGGAACCAAGUGAUAGUAGGUAUCACUGACUCGCUUUGUAUGACCUUCUCCAGACCAGUGUCACAUAACUUAAGUAAUGCUAUGGAUUAUUGAAAGUUAAGCGACAUAUUCACACCAGGAUCUUGCAGAGUGACUUGGAGUAUCAGGAUCUGUCUGACAGUGUAUAUCGAGCGAUGGAAGGAAAGCCCCAUGACAUCCCUGUGGACACACUGGCCUCCGUGGAUGUGCAGAAGAGCAGUCGGGAGGGCCUGUUGUCCUGUACACUGUGCGGGAAGGUGUUUGCCUACCAGUCCGUCCUGCGCCGCCACUUGCAAGGCCACAGUGAUGACCGGCCCUUUAGGUGUGAAGAGUGUGGCAAGGCCUACAAGAGUGGCCAGGACCUCCUGCAGCACCAGCGGAUGCACAACAGGGAGAAGAGCGUCACCUGCCCCGAGUGCAGCAAGGUCUUCAUCCGCUUCUCGCACUUGGAGGCGCACCUGCGCACCCACACCGGCGAGCGGCCCUUCUCCUGCCCUGACUGCGGCAAAGCCUUCCAGCAGUCCUCGAACCUGCAGAGGCACCAGCGCACCCACACCUGCGAGCGGCCCUUCUCCUGCCCCGACUGCGGCAAGGCCUUCCACCAGUCCUCGAACCUGCAGAGGCACCGGCGCAACCACAGUUGCCUGCGGCCCUUCUCCUGCCCCGACUGCGGCAAGGCCUUCGUCCAGUCUGCCCAACUAGCGGAGCACCAGAGGGUUCACACUGGAGAGAAGCCCUUCACCUGCCCCGUGUGUAGGAAGAGUUUUGCCCGGUCAUCAGAGCUCCACGUCCACCGGCGGACCCACACGGGGGAGAGGCCCUACGCCUGCCCCGACUGCGGGAAGAGGUUCAGCACGACUUCAAUCUUGCUGAAACACCGGCAGGUCCACAGCGAGGAGCGGCCCUUCCCCUGCCCCGACUGCGGCAAGGCCUUCAAGAGCCCCGUGCACCUGAAGCAGCACCACGUGAUCCACACCGGGGAGAGGCCCUUCUCCUGCCCCGUCUGCGGGAGGUGCUUCACUUGGUCGUGGCAACUGCAGAACCACCGGCAGACGCACGUGGAGUAGAGAAGCUACACGUGUCCCGGCGGGGGGGUGGUGGGAGCUUCACUUGUUCCUGCCAUCUCCUUCACAGCAGCAGACGCGCCCUGACAAGUAGGGGGAGCGUGGUCUGCCUAUGGGGUGCGUCUGCUUCCACCCCUCCCUCGGGCGCCACCUAUACUGUAUCUGUGAGUGUGUUUUUUGUGUCUCUCUGUGGAGAUUGCGUGCUCUCCCUGCAACCCUGUGGAAUUCCCACAGCUGCUCCAGUUUCCUCCCAUGUCCCACAGAGAAAAGUUGCUCCCGAGUGCGUCAGUUAUUUCACAUAUUUUAUAUCUCAGUAGUAUUUGAGCAUUACUGCAAAUAUAUCAUUUGAUUGACCAUUCCUUGUUGGUUUACGGGUAGUUUUUAAAAAUACCUGCAUUCACAUGCCACGACCUUCCCACGUGAUCUGUGUGCACCUUGAGGGGUCAAAGAGCUUCAGGAAAGUUGCGAGCAUUCGGCUUUUGCAAGUAGAAAGAACCAGAAUCUACUCUGCGCGCAUUGAGGUUAUUGCAUGAACUUCAAGGGGGAGACAAAAAGCUGCUUGUAAAAGUAGAUGCAAAGACCGAAGCCCAGCUGGGUGAAUGGAAGGCCAGAAAGAAAGGAGAAAUUAAAACAGCGGAUCCAUCAGAUUAGAUUAUGAGAACACUCAGUCCUCUUUUAUUGUCAUUUAGAAAUGCAUGUGUGCAUUAAGAAAUGAUACAAUGUUCCUCCAGUGAUAUCACAGAAAACAGGACAGACCAAAGACUUAACACUAACAAAACCACAUAGUUAUAACGUAUAGUUACAGCAGUGCAAAGCAAUACCAUAAUUUGAUAAAGAACAGACCAUAGGCACUGUUAAAAAAAAAGUCUCAAAGUCCCGAGUCGAUCGAGUCCCUGAUAGCAGGCGGCAAAAGGGAGAAACUCCCUGCCAUAAACCUCCAGGCACUGUCAACUUGCCAAUGCCUUGGAAGCAGCCGACCCCAGCUGACCCUGAGUCCAUCUGUCCGAAAACUCUGAGCUUCCGAGCAGCCUCUCCGAUACAGCCUCCCGAGCGCCAUCCUCUGCCGAGCAUCUUCGACCUCUCCCCGGCCGCUGAAACACUCAAAGCCGAGGAUUUCGGGGCCUUCAGCUCCGGAGAUUCCGGUUACCACACAGUAGCAGAGCAGACAUUUCAGAAGUUUUCCAGAUGUACCGCUGUGCUUUCACGUCCGUCUCCAUCAAAUCAGGAUUGUGCACGGUCCCCAACUUGACAGAUAACAGAUAUUCAUCACCGAAGUGGCUCCAUGCACUGUCGUUACACCACCAUCUCUCCCUCCUCCCGGGAGAAUGUUGUGAAUGAGGAAACCAAGAGGAGAGAUCAGAGUGUAAAGGGAGCAAUAGAAAGAACAAUAAAAGAAUACUCCAGUUACUUAAUUCACCUUCCCAAGGUGAAAUUGCACAAACUAGAAAGGAGAAAAAGGAAAAGAAAGAGGGGAUGACAAAUGGAAGAGGAUAAACGAGAGUGAAUUUCUUGGGAAAUUAGCAAAUUCAGGGACGUUCACAAACUGGAGGAAAAAGUAAGAAGGGGAGAAACAGAAUGACCAAAGUUGAAAAGGAGAGAAGAGACAGAGUGAGUGAGAAAGAGAAGGAAGGAAGGAAGGUAACGGGCAGGAUAAAGAGAGAAAAAAGUAGCUCUGACCGGGAGAGAAGUGAGGAUUGAAGUAGAUCCGGUGAGAAAAGGAGAAGAAACAUGUUCGAAGGUUUCCGAGUCAGCUGCUACAGCCAUCACAGCGGAGGCCGCAGGACCUGAAAUUGUUUUACAGCCACAAGUCUCACCUGUCAAGGUGACCGCCCCCCGCCACCCCGGUCAGGAAAGACGUUAUCCCACAAGAGUAAGAAACCCCCCACAGUGAUUAAACCUUUUAAGUAUGAAAGGAACUAUUUAAAAAUUGACUCUGCUGUGGAUACCUGUGUCGUUGAGAUCCGUUCUAUGUUGAGUUUAUAGCUAAGCAGGGAGGAGUGUUGUGUAUUUAGUAUUUGAGUGAUGUUGUAAGUAUAUUGUUUGAUUAAGCAUUCUUUGUUUAAAUAACUCAUUAAAAAUGAAUGAAUUGCGUGCAUCGUGUCACUGCCAAGGGACGUGCGGGCGCCUCACUGAAAGUAAAACCUGACGUUAG